AUGACCUGGUACAAGAGUCUCCCAGAUGAGUUCAUCACAUCAUGGAAAGGACUCGGCUGGCUCUUCUCGAGGCACUUCACGGCCUCUUGCAGACACCCCAAAUUAGAAGCCUCGUUGGAGGCCAUUAGCCAGGGGAAAGACGAAUCUCUUCGGGCGUAUAUUGAAAGGUUCAACAAGGAGGCCGUCCAGGUCUGCACUAUGGCGGACAUGAAAAAAUAUCUUUUGGAGCAGGGCCUUCAGCCUCAGUCCGACUUUGCCAAGGCCGUGGGCAUCGAGACACCGGGCACGUUAGACGCUUUCUUCCUCAAAGCACACGCGUAUAUUCAAUAUGAAGAGAAAGAGACCUCCCACGCGGUUCGAAACUCCAGACAGGAGGAAAGCGCUAAACGUACCUGCCAUGAAGAGAGUUCUCGGCGGGGAAACGACAAGAAGAAAGAAUACAAGAGUCGCGAUGCCAAAGAUUAUAAAGGUCCAGCCGAGAAGUUUCGAGAGUAUAACCCUCUGAACGCGUCCCGAGAGCGUAUUCUGACCGAGUUUGUUAAUGUUGAAUUCCAGACGGGAAAAUUUCGCUUCCCGAAGUCUAUGCCAGCGAGGCCGAACGUGGACAAAUCGAAGUACUAUAGGUUCCACAAAGGCCACAGGCAUAACACCGAAGAUUGUAUCCACUUGAAGGAUGCGGUUGAGAUACUAAUCAUGGAGGGACAUCUCAAACAAUACGCCAAAAAGCAAGAGACUCCCAAAGAAACGAAGGCAAUAGCCGAAGAACAACCAGCCGAAGACACCUCCACCCUCCAAGUCGCUAUGAGUGUGACCCCACCAGAGGACUUUUAUAUCCCAGACAGGGUCGGUGCCUCGAUGUUCUUAUCUUCGCAUAGCCCGUGGGAGUCAUUCCCUUCCGCGAUGGUGAUAUCCGGGGGAGGAUUCAGCAAACUAACCGUGGGUUCCGUCAAACAAAAGUUCGAAGAACUCAUAUCGGCUAGUUCAAGCAAGACAGCCACGCUCGACCUAUCCAGAAGAAGUUCCGCACUAAUCGCGUUCUAUAAGGAAGAGCUUCCCUAUGGUACUCCCACCGCCACGAUUCCACUGCUCAUUCGCGCUCGGAUGGCCAACUUUGAUGUCCGGCGCAUUCUGGUCGACCAAGGCAGUUUUGUCGACAUCAUGUACUCUCAAUUAUUCUCCACCCUACAAUUGGACAAAAUCCACCUUACUCCUACGUGGGAUCAGACCUGUAGGGAUUCAAUGGGACUGUCACUAAACCAUAGGGCUUCGUGGAGUUGA